AUGGAUAAGUCGUGGAUAUCGAAAGACAGAGAUUCGUUAGAUUUUAAAAUAGGUGCUGAAGAAUUCUUGAGUUUUGCGGAAGAAAAUAGUAAAGAUCCUAAACGAAUUCCUUGUCCAUGUUGUCGAUGCGUCAAUUUCAAAAAGUUCUCAACCAAAAUAAUAAGGGGACAUAUCUAUGAUUAUGGAUUUAGUUUGGGCUAUGUUGACUGGAUUUGGCACGAAGAUAAUGCUGCUAGGCGUACUAGGUCAUCCGUAGGCGGUACACAUCCCGCUUCGGACCAACACACGGAGCAUUUUGCUGCAUCUGAAACCGUUGAGGUCUGUGAAGCGGCGUUUAAUGCGAGUGAGUACGAUAAGGAUUCUUAUGAUUUUAGGAGGUUUGUGGUUGAUGCCGAACAAUCAUUGUUUGAGGGCAGCGAGUGCACCAAGUUACAGUCGAUGAUAAAAUUGCACAGUUGGAAAGCUAGUUUCGGGAUUAGCGAUACUGCCAUCACUGAGCUGCUGUCUCCAGUUGGCUCUUUCCUUCCGAAAGAUCACCUACUGCCUCCUAACUCAUAUGAAGCGAAGAAAACUUUAUCCGAUUUAGGCCUUGAGUACAUUAAAAUCGACGCCUACCCGAAUGACUGUGUACUGUACAGGGGCAUACAUUCUGAUGCCUCUGAGUGUCCUAAUUGCAAGUUGUCUCGCUGGAAAGUAGGGAAGAAUGGUGAACUUAGGAUUAAAGUCCUAGCCAAAAUCAUGUGGUAUUUUCCAAUCAUUCCGAGAUUUAAACGGCUGUUUAAAUCUCCUUCUACUGCAGCACUCAUGACUUGGCAUGCAAACCAGCGCAUAAUUGAUGACAAAAUGCGACAUCCGGCAGACUCUCCGUCUUGGAAGAAUAUCGAUUACCGCUGGCCAGCCUUUGGCAAUGAACCUUGA